UCAGAAACAACCGCUGUGACGUCAUACUUUCCGACUCUUUCGCUGUUGCUGUGGAAACGCCAUAGCAACGGCCAUAGCGUUUCCAUAGCAAGUUCUUGAGCGGAGUUCUGGAUUUGCGGGCUUUUAAAACUCAGAGCAGAUGGAGAACAUCUUCAGAGGUGCAGGAGGAGGAGGACUGUGGAAUAAUCCCAGACACCCACGGUACAACAAGGAGACCGAGGAAUUAAGGCAUUUGAGGAAAGAAGAGGCGGACCUUAUAUGCGUCAAGAGAAAAGAGAGCAUCAGGCCAGACAAGCCUUUGUCGACUUCUGCUUCAGAAAAAGCUACUGCAAGUAAACCUGCCUAUCAAUCCAAGCCGAGAAGGAAUGUGAAACGCAAUGCUGAAGCUUGUCGAGCUGGGAAGAGCUACGAGAGGGAAAUGUUUCACCCUGGCCCCUAUCGAGAUAUGGAGGAUGAGAAGAGGAGGCUUCAGAAUUUCAUGGCAACAGGAAGAUAUGAAGACGCCGGGAUGAUUUUAAAAAAAGCCGCUCGCAAACCGGAGGAACCGCAGAAGCCCGACGCCUAUGAGGAAGUGUUAAAUGAAAUAGAAGAAAGGAAACAGUUUCUGGAUGACAUGGCAGCUCUGGGACAGAACGAGCACACCUUCGUCGUCAACUCUCAGAUAUCAGAGAAGCUUCAUGAGCUGCAGGCCUUGGAAAAGGAACGCAGUUCCAAGCAGAACACAGACAAGUGAACGUCAAUUCAAGGAAUAACAAGCGUUGACGAGACAGGUCUGCAAAGAACGUUUCAAACUACUGCCCGGCUCAUGUUUCAAGUUUAUGCAUCAGUGGAAAACAACAAACUGGAUAAAUAAAUUUGGUUUAUUCUUCA